GUUGAUAAACCAACCAGCACCCUAUCAGUUAAAUUUACAGGCAGCCCUUCUUGCUUACUUGUUCACACAUAUACACACAUUUAUACUCUGUUAUGAUUAUUUUUUUUUAAUCCGAACCCAAAUUUAAUCUAAUAAAAAGCCCCCAAAAUCCCAUAAAUCAAAAUGCUUGCAUCAUCGCAAAUGCUUAGGCGUUUCUGUUGUAGUUCAUCAUCUUCUUGCUGUGUGAGUCAAUCUACUAAAAAGAAGCAACUUGUGUUCUUGGGUUCUCCUCAGGUAUCUGCUUCUGUUCUUGAUGCUCUUUUUAAUGCUUCCUCUGCUCCAGACUCUUUAUUUCAGAUUGCAGCAGUAGUUACUCAGCCACCUUCAGGAAGAAAUAGGGGGCGAAAAGUGAUGCCAUCUCCUGUUGCUCAACACGCCCUUGACAGAGAUUUCCCUUCUGAUCUUAUUUUCACACCUGCAAAAGCUGGCGAGGAUGUGUUUAUAGCCAACCUUAAAGCUUUGGAGCCUGAGCUUUGCAUUACUGCGGCGUAUGGAAAUAUUUUACCUAGCAAGUUUCUAAAAAUACCUUCUCUUGGGACAGUUAAUAUACACCCAAGUCUGCUGCCUCUGUAUCGCGGUGCAGCUCCUGUUCAAAGAGCAUUGCAGGAUGGUGCAAAAGAAACUGGAGUAUCAUUAGCAUUCACUGUCCGUGCACUGGAUGCCGGACCCAUUAUUUCUUGUGAAAGAAUGGAAGUUGAUGAUCAUAUUAAGGCACCAGAGUUACUUGAGUUGUUAUUUAAUAGAGGAUCGGAGCUUCUGAUCCGUGAGCUACCCUCGAUAUUUGAUGGAUCAGCAAUGGUUAAUGCAAAACCUCAAGAUGAGUCUGCAGUUACCUUAGCCCCAAAGAUAACACCUGAGGAGUCUUGGCUAUCUUUUGAUGAAGCAGCUUCGGUCCUGCAUAAUAAAGUUCGGGCAUUUGCAGGGUGGCCAGGGACCCGAGCAAAGGUUGUAGUAUGGGACCAGAAAAGUGGCCAGCAGAGUGUUAUUGAGCUCAAAAUCAUUACUACCAGAAUCUACAGCACUAACAAUAAUCAGAGUUACGAAACUGAUGAAGUGAUUUAUACAAAAGGUUCUCUGCUGAUUCCGUGUGGUGGAGGCACAACACUUGAGGUGACCGAAGUUCAGCCUCCCAGCAAAAAGGUGAUGAGUGCAGCUGCAUUUUGGAAUGGAUUGAGAGGUCAGAAGCUGAAGAAAUAUAGUCAGGCUGGCGCUGUUCUUGCAUAGUAAUGCUCGGUUUCAGGGACGAAUGUCAUUAAGUACAGGCAGACCUAAGUUUGAUUCAAGCAUUGUGAAGCUUUGCAGAGACCAUUAGGAGCCGAGAAAUUCUCCACUUAAUAAGCAUACAGGUACAUAUGCUCAAAUAUUUCUACCGCCCAAUGCUUGUUGAUUUUGGACUAUCACUGCCUAUUUUGUAAAAUCAUUUCAAGGAUUAUGCUGUGUGAUAUAUGGACCACCACUUUUCGGGAUUCCUAGGCUGCACCAGCAAACGAAUUGUGACCAUGUGAGUUAAUUUUGUAGGAUUAAAUCUGUUUUUAGCGAAACUUUAUGAUGGCCUUUGUAAGAAGCAAUCUUUCUUCACUAGCAAGGAAUUGUGAAUGUUCCUGCUCAUCUUUUGAGCAAGUUAUUCCAAUUUAUAAGGUGCACCUAACCGUGCCAAACCUUCUUAUUUAGCUGUCGAAUUUUAUAAAUGGCUUUACCUACAAAGAUAAAAAGUUGCCAAAAGUUUUUUAA